UAACACUGAAACCUGAAACGUCAAACGGCUGAUAUAUUAUUAAGAAAUGUCAAUCAAAAUAAUAAAUGGAUAAUAGCGAAUAUUUCUGGAAUAACACACAAAAAUGGGUUAAAAGUUCAAAUAGUGGUUGAAUUAUCGUUAUUGCACGUUCCCGAACGACAUUAAUUCAUAAGUAUUGCAUAAGUAAAUAGAACUAUCCAAUUAAUUAAAUAAAAUGGAGGCGACGAAUAUAACACAUUUAACACCAAACAUAACUUCUAAAAGCACUUUGAAUUUAGAGGAUAUUAAGAUGGAUUCAAAUUUUGCCAUGCUAUUAUGUAGCUUGGUAUUUGCUAUAUCAUGGGUUAUUUAUAUUACAUAUUAUAAUUCAAGGGUCAUAGGAUACGUAAUCACAAAAAUAGUUAAUAAACUGUUUAUUCGAGAGGGUUACUUUAAAAUAGGUUCUUUAACACUGAAUGCUUUAUCUGGGAAAAUUAUGUUUAGAGAUGUUGUAUAUAUUACCCACGAUUAUACACUACGAGUCCAAGAUGGUUAUUUAAUCUUUAGAUGGUGGAGAUCGUAUGUUCCUAAGGACGUGAGUGAAGAUCUCUCUCAUUCAGAUACGAGGUUAUCUGUUAUGCUAAAUGUUUUUGAAAUUCACGUGUACAACCGCUCUCAACUUUAUUCAAGAUUGGAAAAAGUGUUUGAUUUAGGUUCAAAUAUUUUUCCAAAUAAUGAAAACGACUUGGAGAGAAAUGAAAACGAAGCCCAAUCAGUUUCGAAAAAACCGGACAAAAAACAAAAACCUGAAGCUGCAAUGGCUAAAACAUGGAGAGAUUUAAUACCUGUUAUUAAAUGUGAUGUAUCUUCUGGUCGUGUAGUGUUUGGUAAUCGAUUAGUUCCAACAACAUUGAGUAUUACAUUUGAAGAAUCCCAUUUUGUUUACUCAACAAAACCUGCUGUAUGUACAUUAGACAGAUUUAUGCACUUUGUUAAAUGUAAAGCAGAAAAUGUGAAAGUUAUGCUUGCCCCAAGCAUAAAAUAUACAGGAAUGUUAGAUGAUCCUCCAAGGUAUAUGGGAGAAGGUUUUGUAUUAGUCUCAACUAACGAUUUAGAACUUUACUUUUACAUGGACGAAGCAGGUUUAGUUCCUGAAGAACCUGUCUUGAUAACUUUAGCUAACGGUGAAGUAGUUGAGCCAAGUCCUCCACAAUGGGGUGUUGACAUCAAGUGUGGAAAAGGUACUGAUUUCAGUUACGGCCCGUGGGCAGACAGGCAAAGAGAACAUCUCUUCAAGUUUUUCUACCCACCCGAUUAUCUAACUAUGGAAGUGACGGAACCACCUAAGCCUGGCGAAAAACGACAAAUGCAAUCCUUCGAUAUAAGAUUAGUCAUGCAAAAUGACGCUACUAUUGACGUAUUAUUCACCAAAGAUAAAGAAACGAAUGCUGUGCAUUUUAACGUUGGCGCCGGUAGCUAUUUGGAGGUAACAAUACCCUGGGUGACAGCUAAUAACGGCUACACCACCACGAUCAAAGGACAACUGCUUCACUUAGAAUCCACAACGAGUUUGCAAUUCAGAGAUUUUGUGGAUAGCGAAACUUUGGAAUUUUCCGUGUUGUGUCAUUAUCCGUUGGUUUGGAAUGAUCAUCAAUUGUGGGAAGUCAAUCUAACAGGUUGCAAAGCAACUGUUAAUCUUAUUUUCUUCCACAAAUGGUUUUUCACAGAUUUAAUAAACGACUGGUCAUCGAAACAGCGUCCCGACCUGUUGCAUUUCGUUCCUUAUACUUGGAGAUUCGGCAUAACACUCAAGCAUUGCGAACUAUUAACUUUAGUCAAUCAAUACAAUUGGAUAGACUGCAGCAGCGUAGGACAGAGGAGUCGUUUAGAAAAUACACAAUUCGCUUUAUGCGCUCAUUUCUUACACAUGUCUUUCGAUUUGCCAUUCGAUGAAUACUUGCCUAAUACACUACCCGUGAAUCUGUCGAUUCAGGGAGAGAGUAUAGAUUUAAGUCUGUUCAUACCAGAAUUUCACACCAGCCGUAACAUCGUGCACGCGCUAGACAAGCACGCUAAGGUUUUAUCGAAAGACGGUUCGACUGCCAAGAAAACCGAAGUUAUUCCAAAAUGGCGAAAUAUUUGUCAACAUAGUGCUGGAUGGAUCGAUUUUUGGUGGGUGCCCAUCGGCGCCAUUAAUAUAUUGUACGUUUAUCAUCCGUGUCCUCCGCUGGGGCCGCAACCUCAAGCGAACAUUUCAACGCCUGUUAAAGAGGAAAUACUUUUAUCGCCCAUACGGUUUCCGCACCAGCGAAAAAAUAGGAAACGUUCGCCCGACGGCUCGAAGAAAUUCGAUCCGACAUCUUUGGAGCCCGACACUGUGAAUGUUGAAUUGGAAAUUGGCCCGUCGGUGUUUCUGGUUUACGGAACGGCGCUAAAAAAUUUCAUGAAUUUUAAGGAAAAUAUUUUUGGCGAGUUUCAAAGCUUCACCGAUAUGCAGAAAGUCGUCAACGUAGAUAACAGUACCGGUGAUGUAAAGUCUGAUGAUAGUAAUUCGAACAUUCCGUUAGAACUCAGGGAUGAUUUUGAUCAUCGUUAUUACAGACCACUCGCAGUUGACGUUUCGAUAAUCAUGCACGAUAUUCAGGCGCACCUUCUGAAGAAUUGCACAGAUAAAGAUCCUCCAUGUCCUGUAAUUUUGUGCGAAAGAUUCGGUUUUGAAAUGAAGAAGCGCUACGAUCAGACCGAACUGCAAUUACUAUUGAGUCCUACGGUUUUACUGGUAUCUGACAAUUUAAACAGGCCCGCCAGAGACAAGCAUUUGAAUCAAGGAAAACUAUCUUUAUCAUCUCUUCAAAUUCGCGGACACGCCAUGUUUUCCGACGUCGGUCAAUCCCUCGAUCAGGAUACCGUCGAGUACGCUUGGCUGGUUGAAAUUCAAUUGGGAAAAUUGAGCGGUAAACUUACCUCUCCACAGCUUUACACCAUACUAGCUUGCUUGGAAACUUUAAUUCUCUUGAUAACCGACGACGAAAACGAGUUAAACAGUCCGAAAGACGACGUCAUCUUAAGCCAACCUGUAGUAAAGAAAAAAAUCACACAGUCUGCGCCGAAUGUUCACGUGCAACACGUCCAACAGGCCAUACAGCAGCUGCUGCAAUCGAAAAACAGCGCGAACGUUACUAACAAAGCGACCGUCUCCGCUAAUGCAACCAACAAAAUCGGCACUCCUUUAGCUAAUCUAGCCAAUCAAAAACCGUCCGCGAAAGGGGACAAAAAGAAAGAGGACGAUAAAAAAGGAUCGAUCAGAAGUAGCGUCGUUCCGAGUGCUCAAACUCAACCGUUUAAUGAACAUAAACUCAAAUACAAAUUAUGCAGAGUGGCGGUCGAUGCAAUAGAUUUGUGGUUCGUUGAAUCCGGAGCUGCACUACAAUUAUGGAUGUCUCCUGUUAGAUUGGCUAAUUGCAACUUACACGGAAAACAAGUCAGUUCAGGACUUAGUUGCAUAAUAUACAGCAUGUCUCUGAGGCAGCUAGUUUGGCACCCUCAUAAAUACAAUCAUACAAAAGUGAAUUACGAGAGUAACGAUUUGUGGCUCGAAGUGGGUGCAGUAAAUUUUGGACCUCUAAUCGUGGAAUCUGCUAUAUCGGCAGAUUCAAAAGAAACCAGCUUGCAUAAAGAUCAACAGAAAUUUUUGAAGAUGCACGAUGAAAAAUUGAAGAAAUUGUGGUUUUUGUGGCCGAACCUGAACAAAACGUCUGGCAAAUGCGGUUGCACUGGCGGUUGUCUCUUUUUUGGUUCCAACACGAACGGCACCAGAUUUUUCAAACCCAGUCGAAAUGACUUGGAAGAAGGAAUGAAUGUAGCUGCUUUUAGGGUUAAUCCUCCGGGUAAAGAUCCAGGAUAUGGCCAGAGCAUCCUGCAUGAAGGAAUGCUAAUCUUCCGAACUCCUCCUUACAUAAUAUCCGAAAUAACUCUUCAAGACACCCAAACUGGCACGAAGCAAAGCAGAAAACAUAGCGACAGUCCUAAAGUUUUUCAUGCCGAAAAAGAAAAACCUUUCGAAAGGGAGAAUGCGUCUCUGGAGAAAAAAAUCAACCGAAGAUUUUCAUCUACCUCGAUUAAAAGCGCCGUUUUAAAAGAAGUUCCUUAUUCGCGAUUGAUUGAAACCAGUCCUGCCAACUUGCCGGCGAAACUAGACAGCGAUUCGAAAUUGCAAUGCGACAAAAGCAAACUAGCAGUGAACGGCGUCGGAGCCGAGCUUUUACCUAAAAACAGUAUCUCCGAUUCUAAAUUAGCCGUCGAUUAUUUCAGCGCUACUUCAUUGGAUUCCAAGGAAACGUACUUAAGCACUAACAGUGCUCAGUUUAGAACAGAGAAGUCCACAAAGUUAUCCAAACAACCGUUUGUUGUAUCCGAAUCUCACAAUUCCCUAAGUCAAGUGGGUUCGAUCGAGAAACUACAGCAGGAAGUCCAACGAACUACUUCUAUGUCUAGCGAAAAUCACUCGGAUGCAUUCUUUUCGGCCGACGAAGACGUCCAUUUUAAUUCAGCGAGUUCUAGUCUCCGAAAUUCUAUACUCAGUUCAGGAGAGACGUUAGCCAAACCAGACACUAACAGUGCUCCGACUCAAAGGAAAAAGUUUUCGAGCGAACUGAGCAUAGCGACGGACAGAAACGGUACGGGUUCCCUUAAAUCCGGCCAAAUGACAGCGCCGAGUUCGGUACCCGAAACGCACCGUUUGAAACUAUCAUCUCAUAGAAGCGAUCACGAAAUCCACACGCCCGAACACAGAAGUUUCACCAACGGUAAAUUCGACGAUUCGCAGAGAACGGUGCAAGGCCUUGUGACGCCCAAUCGCUGUCCUAACGCUCGCUCCGUCAGCCCGAGAACGCUUCCCGAAUCGCCCGAUUUGAACGGCAGCCCGAUGCCGGAAGGCUCGCCCAAUUUAAUGGAUCCCCUCGCCGAUUCAUCGGACAGUUACAGCAACAACAGCUACGCCUCGGCGGUGGGCAGCCAGGAGGAUUUCACCUUAGUCGACUUGCACAUGCAAGUGAACAGAUUAAUAGUUGAUUCGCCGAUGUUGAUGUCCAGUUACGUGACGCAUUUGACGCAAGUCAAGUGCAACAAUUGGGGAAACACCGAACAGAACGAUCAAUUUACUCAAAAUUUGUUCGAGAAGAAUUACGAUGAGAAAUUAGUUUAUGCUGGUGGACGAUUUGUUCCCAAUAUGGAAAUUUUAAACGACGGUGUUACAUCAUUAAAAAUGGUAUCCCGAGCUGAUAGUAUCCUCGGUAAUAAAACUCCCACAUCGCCUUUCAUGUACGUUUGGGACCAAGAAGACCUUGAAACGGAAAGCGGCUCGUUUCAAGAAGAGGAGCUGUUGAGCGGCCAAGGAGACAGCAGCGGUUCGAGAGUAAUAUUCGUGGUUAAAUUAAAAGGAGAUAUGGACGUGAUGAUAAGCCCAUUGCUUCUAGAAACGUUACAAAGAUACAUAGACGCUCUUACUCCGACUGUUGCCAAUUUACAUCCUCUUACUGUGAUAAAUCAUCUCCAUACGUCUUGUAUCGGCCAGGUGGAAUCUGCGAAUAUUUUGAAAACGACGGAUAACGUCUCUAAAUUGUGCCAACCGCCUAGCGAAGAUGGUAAAAUUAAAGCCCUGAAUAUAUACGAAGAAACAGUAAAAACGCAACUACAAGCUGCUAUAUUCUUACCGAAGGUUAACGUAACACUACUCCAAGCAUCAAUAGUGGAGGAAAUUAUUUCAUUUUCGGCACUCGAUAACAUCAAAGAUUUGACUUGCGUAUCGCUGUUUUCCGUAAGCUUCGACAAUAUUAUUGUGAAAUUGCAUUGCGACAAACAGGCCAAAGAAGUGUUGCAGAAAUUUUUAAAGCCGGCUGUAGUUCGCAGCGGCAGCAAAAAGGGCGCAAAUAGGGCAAAAAUAUUACUAGGUUUUCAAACUAAUACGAAUUCAGACGUUAUACAGUGCGAUCCUGUCUUCAUAGAGAGUUGUGAAAAACAACAACAACAGCUCGUAGUGAGUCUGAAUAUAGGAAAAAUGCACGCUCAAUUAAGGAGAUUGAGAAAUGAAAGUUCAAUACUGGACGAUGCCGUAAUAACGGCCAUUCCUAAUUACAAAUCCAAAGUUUUGUUCACUCCGACGAAAGUUAGAUCAUUAAGUAGAAGUAUGGAGUAUUAUCUACAAUCAUCAAUACCAGAAAGCCAGAGUAUCCAAUCUGAUGAUGGUAAUAUGGAAGAUAAAUUGGGUUUCAUAAUGUUCGAAUGUGGUCUCGAAGGAAUAACGAUUAAAAUCGUAAAGAAAUCAUUGUUUGAGCACAUCGAAGACGAUCCUCCCAUCGUAGAUAACGCUGAAGUGACGGAUGUAUCUGAUAAAUCCACACAUACCACACCAAAACUCUCCGAAGUUAAGGGACAGGCGCUGCUAACGCCCAAAGUUAAGGAUAAGGAAAGAAAGCCUCAAGAAGAUUCUACUACAAAACAAGAAAAACCAACUGAAACUAAAGAACUUCCGAUCGCGACUAAAGACAAUGGAAAUGUCUCGUCUUGCGUCAUCGAAUUUAAAGUUGUUUGGUUUAAUUUUGCCGCGCCUCCCAGAGCUCCUAUUACAAGAAAAAUCGACUACACAAGAUUGGACUGGAAUUUACUAAGUACAGCUUCGCCUGCUAUCAACGCUUGGAUGAAUCCCAGCAAUCGCUUGGCAAUUCGAGUAGUCCACAUGGUUAGAACAAUGUAUAAAAGGUCUACAGCCACUAUUGCCUGUUUGAUGGCGGAAGCUUUGGAAGGUCAACGAAUAACGUUAAACAAGAGCCGAUACGGCAAAUUAACGCCUCUGGCGCAAACCCUCCAGGAAGAUCCCAGUUUGCAAUUGUGCUCGAUAUUGCAGAAAUAUUAUUUGGAAACGAAUCCUUCCUAUAUCGAAUCGAAUCUAAGAGAAUCCGAAGUGCCGCAACUCUUCACUCUUAGACAAGGCGUCAUUGUUCUGAGUAGGCAAUGGAAAAAUACGCUUUACACGCCGUUGAUGCCUCAGCAUUCGGCGAAAAGUCGACUCAAACCGAUAAACGUUACGAUAACAGUGCCAGAUAUACAGGAGGAAACGUGCAUGACGGACGGUGAGGCAAGCGGAAAUGAAGAGCCUGAUAUUACCGACGAGCAUGCGCGGUUGCUACACGCUGGUAUCAUUCUAAAGCCAAACGCUCAUAGAAACAUGGCCCAAACGAAGGAAAUAUUGAGCACCCUGCAACCAUCACCACAUAUUUCUAAAUUCGGCGAUUCUUCAAAUAACACGCCUCAAGUAGCAGUCGUUUCCGGCGGCGUCGAAAGCGUUUUAACAUCUCCCAGUCCUCCAGUACCUCAUAGAAAACGUAGGAAGAGCGCUCUUCCUCCCCUUCAACCUCCUAACAGCAGCAGAGCCAGUGUCGUCUUACCGCUUUUAACAAAUGCUAAUAUAUUCUCAUCAAAACGCCCGGAAGAUACCAUAUGCUACGGUACACUCCGCGGAGAGAAACCCUUCGGGAAUCUAGGCUCGGAUCCUAGUGAUGCGUGUAGUCAUUCUAGCCCAGAAUUACCGGCUAGUCCUUUCCAUCGUAACUUGGGUCACGAUCAUUCCUCGGAGGACUUGUACAGCUGGAUGGCCAAGCAAGACACUGUCACGUCGAAUUUGGAAGAAGGAUUAAACCUCGGCACUGAAUAUAACGAUAUGGUGCUUAGGAAAACUAACCUUGGUUGUUUAGAAUCGAAAAUUGAUACAACUCACCACACAACAACGACCGAUCCGGACAUUUUGCCGAAAGAAGAAGCGCCCUCAUCGGGCGUGCCUCUCUAUCCCAUUCAAGAAUCAGUUCGACUUUUGGACGCCAAUCAAGUGUUCCAGCCCCUGCUGUCUGGUCUGGGAGUUAUGCCGCAACAGCUCAGAUUCACAACGAUGUCGGAUUCGAAUGCUGGAAACGACGUUACUACAUUAGACGCGCUGGGUUCGAACUUCUGCCUCGUAGGAAACAUGGAAACUAUGAGAAUCGAUAUAGUCGUGUCGGAACACGGAAAAAUCGAGAAGAAGAAGGGGAAAAGUAAAGGGAAAAGAUUACUGAUCGAUGUCGUUUCCGACGAAUCGCCUGCUUUCGUGUGCGAAAAAGUCGGCGUCGAAUUAGAAAUCGACAGAAUGACGGAUAUGGCCGUCAAUGAAAUGAUGAAAACCCAAAACGUUCUCUACAUAUCGAGAGGGCAAUUGAAAAAUCACACGAGUACCGUCAUCAAUUUCACAAUAGGCGUACGUUACAUUCAUCAAAGGGUGAAUAUGCCGUUGUUGCGACUCUUGCACCAAAUCAGCAAUAUGUACCAGAACGUUAAAGAUACGCAGAACGAAUUAAGGGAACAACAACCUGUAGAUAUCCGACGGCCAAAAACUAGCGCUAGUGAUCAUGCGGAUAUUAAGCAUCAUUCAUCUACUUCCGACAUUCAUUAUCCAGCGGCGGAUUUAUCGAAGCAGCUCAGCUUGAAAAUAUCGGAUCCCGGUUCUUAUUAUUCUCAAAACAAGCCGAUUAUAUCGCCGUCGCCCAGUAUACGAUCUCGUCCGCAGAGUUUCGCCCAAAAACUGCGCUCGACCGGCAAAACGGUCAAAGGUUACGUGAACCUGAGCGAAGGCGCCGGUACGCCCUUGACGAUGUCGAGUCCGUCCGGAUCGGCGCUCGAACACAUUACCGUUUCAUCGGACAAAAGUACAGGACGAUGUUGGAAAACCAUAUAUUACUUAUUGGAACUAUACGCUAAUAUGCCGGACACUAAAACGAUACGGCACAGGUUUUCACUCGGCAACGAUAUAUCGGAACAUUACAAAGGCAAUAGAAAAUAUGAUAUUUUAACAGAAAUAAAAUCCACCGAAGAUAUGGACAAAUCCGAUAGCAACGCUCCGUUAAAUAACAACAAAGAAGCCAAACCCAAAGGGUUUUCUAACGAGCAUACCAAAUUGAUCGUAUUCGGCGUAGCCAGAAUCCAUCGAACGCGACUUUUGGCCACGCUGUCGGGUCUGAAAUUAGAAGCGGAAAUCACUAGUUUACAUUCGAGCUUUACGUGCCGCAAGAAAUCCAUUCCUCAAGUAUUGGAAUGCUCGAUAACCGGCCACAUCGGUCGAACGAUGAUCGUUUUACUCGAAGGCGUCGCUCCCAAUCAACAGACGGUCGUCAAAGUGACGAUCGGAAAGUCACAAGCGCUCUACUCGAGCAUCACCAAGCGACAGAAAGACAAGAAUUCCGGUCUGCUGACCGUCGGAGCGGUUAACGUAGACAUACCCCAACAUCCGGUCGCCCUGCACGGAAUGGUCACCAGAGGUAGUAAGCAGUUGAGUUCGACUUUGCAGGAAUUGCGCGUUACGAGAACCUCCAGCCGGCUGUCUAAAUUGCCCAUGGAGGAGGAGCAGCAGAGUUCGCCUAAUCAUCAAGUAAAAGAUGAGCCCGUACCGAGCGCGUCUUACAGCAAAGGCGACGUCUCCGAAAAGGGUCUACUCCAACCUUUGGUUAUGCAAUUUUCCAUUAUUUUGCAAAGUUUAAGCAUAACCGCAGCCCUUCUGCCGUCGCUGCAGGCCCAAUACAAAAUGGACCAAGUCAACAGCACGGGAUUCACCGGCAGCAAAGCGCGCUUCACCAUCGAUUUGCCGCACCAUUCGCUCAGUUUCACCACGAAAUUGCCGCAGGGUUACAAUCAGAGCGAAGUGGCCGAGACGAAUCUACCGUCGGAGGCGAGCAUCGCCUUGCCCGCCGUGCACGUCGUCGCCGAAUACGUUCCGGAAACGGCGGCGAGCGGCGUCAGAGACGGCCAUCGCGGUCCCGAAGGCGUCAUCUUCCGGCAAGGGGGCUAUUUGAACGCCAACGCCGAUAUCGGCGUAUUCGAACACAGCCUUACCACGGAUCUCUUGAAUCAUCUGGUUUUCGUACAGAAAGUUUUCAUGAACGAAGUCAACGAAGUAGUACAAAAAGUAUACGGCGGUGAAAGACCCGUACCGAUAUGGUUGGAAGAUUCCGAAGAGCCAUCGAACAUUAAAAGAUUGUUAUUUUCUUUGGUGAUUAAAAUGCAACGCAUGCAACUUACUGCUACAACGGCCGGUAGUUCGGCUGUACGUCUAGAAACAGGUGCCGUUAUUUUGGAGUUGUCCAACAGAGUUCAGAAUUUAUCAGGUUCGGCGAAACGAAACGCCAACACUAGGCUCUUUGGGAAAGCCCAAAUCGAUCUGAACGUAUCGUUGGGCCAGUUAAUAAGAAACGCGGUAUUCGAAGAAGCCGACAUAGAGUAUCAACCUGUCGCUUUUUUCAAUACGAGAAUAGCGCUCAGAAACGCUUUUCAAGACGAACUAAUCGAAGGCGAAGACAAAGAAGUGGUGCUAAUAACGUUAAAACGUCCGCUUAUAUACGUUCAACCUGUCGCCGUCGACAAGGCCAUUUUGGUCUGGCUGAACUACAAAAACGCCUACGAAUAUUGGACGGAGAAGCGGGCCAAUUUGAACAAAGAGGCCCAAGGAACGACCCAACAGGUUUACGAGAAAUUCCAAUUCGGUCAGCUCACCAGCCAGCUCAGCGCACCUUACGUCGGAACGCUGUUUCUACAACUCACAGUCGAAGAUAUGGGAAUUUGUCUACCCCUCAAUCCAUUGCCGCUAGCCACCUGGAGCCAAAGGAACGUUUACGACGAUAACAGAGGAGCUGUCGUUAUAACAUUAGAAAAUACCAGCAUAUCAGCCUGUAAUUCCGGUUCGCUCGUCAGCAAAGGAAAGUUCUCGAAUCUUUGCCUCCGUUUCGCCGACGAUUUCGAAAAUUCCCUGGACGACUGGAAACCCGACAUGACCGAUUCCUCCAUCAUGAAUUUGUGCGUGGUCACCGAAGGCACGUACGAAGUGUGCAGCAGGACGCUCGCAGCUAAACAGCCCAACGAAAACGCCAAGUGGAUACUGAACGUGCAAUGGCAAAUGGAGGGCGUCGACAUUCAAUUGGACACGAACGUCGGCAAGCAAUUGUCCGCAUUGGGUUACACUUUGACGAUGCUGACGGGCGCCGAGGACAAUACGGGAAUACCCUUCGAUUACGAUAGCGACGACAACGAGCCGGGAGACGGGACGAGAACGUCGCAGGAGAGCAUCCUGCCGGCCUUUAUGUUCGAUCCGUCGUUGGACAACAGGAGUCGAUCGAAGCUGAUCGAAAAAGAGAUGAACGAACAGGCGAAGAUCAUCAACGAUCUCAGAUCGCUCGGCGCCUCACACGGCACCAUUGAAAUGGAGAUGAGGAGAUUGCAGGAACUGGAGACGAUGGUUAAGAAAGAUUUCAGACGGGAUAUGUUGCAAAAACUUCGACGUCAAAGUGUCAGAGCGUCGUCGAUAAAAGGGAAAUUCGGAUUAGGUUCGAAACAAAACACGUUUAGAUCUAAAUCGUUCGUUGUACCUAGCCCGAUGCCCGAAGGAAGAGACAGGUCAAAAUCUUUAGUAGUUGUUCCUAGUUCGAAUCAUGACAGUCAUAAUAUGAGCCCGGAAAUAGCAAAAACCAGCCUUGAAACGAAUGUAGCUAGUAGCUAUGAAAGUUCACCUAAAUCUGGACCCUCACGAUCUGCAUCAUUAAGGGUAAAAGCGGGAGACGGUGGUCCUAAAGUGACUUUCAGUGACACUCAAACGAUGGGAAGACAAAAAUCACUACCUAGCGCUAGUUCGGAUUUGAGUUUACCAGAAACUCAACUAGCCGAUUGGGUAGAUCAAAUCGACAUCGACGGAGAAACGGUGACGCUUCGAAAAAAACUACCAGCUUCUUAUGAUUCAGUUGAAGGAUCCGUUUUAUCCGAUUCGUUCUCGGAUCAUACCCUCAAUUCCCCUCAUUUCCAAACAGGAAACAUGAACACCUCAUCCAGCAUGCCUCAGAAAUCUCAAGAACCGAAUAUAGAUCUAGAAUUGGACGUGAAAGUGUUCAUAAACAGCGGAAAGUGCGCUCUACAUACCAAAGAUCCAAUUAGGGAAGAGGAGGCUAAAAUUACGAGAAUGAGAAAAGACAGAAGUUGCUCAGCGGGUCUUUUGGAAUUUCCGACAUCUUCUAGUCCGGAUCCCAUACGACGCAAUAAAGAUAAAAUCGCUUUUCAACAUAGCGCUUCUAAACUUAGAGGUUCCGCUCAUAAUUCCAUUUCGGAUAUUACCAUUUUCCACAUUCCCGGAAUGGAUGUUAAGAUUCAAUAUCAAUCGAAGGUGAUAACUGAAGACAAUACGAUGAACGAAAGGACGGAAUGUUCCCCAGACUUCGACAAAGCAUUCCAACAAACGCCGACCAAAUCCCAAAACGAAUUCGAUCAAAUCCGUAUCGACAGGGCGUUUAAGCGACAGGAAACCCAUCCGGUCGACGUGAAGCCGAAACAUCUGGCCGAAUUCGAACUGAAAAGUUCCAAUUCCAUGCAGGGCAUCACGAAUCCGAAUUACGGACACAGUCCCACGUCCAGCCUGGACGAUUUGCAAUUCGGCAACUUUACGCCGCACAGCGAAUUCCAGAAAACCAUAAACAUACCUUUCGUUAAGAAAUCCGGCGUUAAAAAAGCCUCUUUGUUCGCUUGGAUGACGCUGCAAAGCGUACCCGAAGAGACCAUCAUCAGUCCGCACAUACUCGAAUUUUUGGAGCAAACUUUGGAGCCGAUACCAGUCAAAACGAUGUCGGAAGCCGAUACUUCUUUGCUAACAACCGAACAAGAUUUAUCGACGUACGGCAAUUACGUGUACGCAAGUUUUCCAGUUGACGUUAUCGUGUAUUUUCAUAUGCAACCCAGCACGUUCAGAUUCAGUUGCUUGCCUGUUUCGAGAGUGGAGUGUUUGCUGCAAUUACCUUCGUUGGAUAUAGUUUUCAGUUCGAAGAGAGCAGAGGAUGAAUUAAUUUACAGCGAAUUCGGCGACGGUGCACCGAAUACCGCAGCGACUGCAGUAGGCGGAUUGAGCGUUACCAGUUGUUUAUCCGAUUUUUCCGUGUACGUUUUCCAUCCUUACGGCGGCAAAAAGUCGGCUAUUAAAGAGGCCCAAUGGUCCCCUCUAUCGGACAGCGAACGUAAGGAUUCGCUCUCUAUUAACGUGGAAUUCGUAAAGUUCCACCUUUCCCGUUCGAGGAUGUUGAAUUUCAAGCAAGAAAUAACGAAAGGAAAAGGAGCCGAUCAAAGUAGAGCCGUUAUCCGAUUCUCGACUAUUAUCGAUAUCGGUUCGGCAUCGUUUAAGUACGAUAUGAGAAGAUUGACCGAAAUUCUCGCUUUUCCGAAAGCUUGGUACAGACGAUCGAUUGUAAGGAGAAUGUUUCUCGGCGAUUUAAGUAUGACUAUGCCCUUCAACGAUGAAGACGAUUCGUUUUCUUCUCAGGCUUCUCCUAAUCUAUCAAGGUCCCACGAAAGGUCAAGUAAAUCAGAAAAAUCACCUUUGUUGAGCACGAACGAACGAAUUAAAUUAGGCUUGGAUUCCCAGCACAAAUUGAAAGAUACAGGCAAAACGUUGAGUACCGAUUCGAGCAACCAUCCCGAUACGCCGAGUCCGUCGGAUCUGAAGAAUUCCUCGACUUGGGAGACUCUCGUACUUUUCGCUGUGAACUUCAAAAAAUUAAACGUCCACAUGAACAUGGGAAACGUCAUGGGCAACGUUUCUUGGAUGACCAAAGAAUUUCGCAGCGACGGACGUUUGAGCAUCGGAUCGACCGGUCACAAAAAUCUUUACAUCACUCUAGGCUUAGGAGGGUCGAGUUUAGACGCUAAAGGCGGUAUAGUCGGUGGAAAUAUAGAAAUUUCGCGUAUCAAUACGUACAUUUAUAUUAGAGAAGAAGCAAACGUCGAACCGGAUCACAAGUUCAGUUUGCGCCUGCACGCACUCGAAUUGCGUUUGGAUUAUAUGGCGACGUCAGUGUUAAUGUGCAGAGUGAGCGAUUUGAACGUUAACCUGAGAGACGAAUGGAAAUUAAAUAAAGUAACGUCCGCAAGAGAUUCAUUUAUACCCACACGAAGGCCGGCAAAUAUCUUUAUGCACGGCGUCCUCGGCUGGGACCAAUUGCAAAUGAUGAUAUCCAAAUCGACGACGGCCGAUUUGUUGAAGAUGUUCAAUAAAUUGGAGGAGUUCUUUUCGCAGCAGUUCAAUAGCAGCAAAAGGGCGUUCAGCGGAUUUGCCGGAUCGGCGAGACCGCCUAGAGUGACUCCUCAAAAAAGUCGUGAACCACCGGUAACGCAAUUACCACAAAUUGCGAACGUGACCGAUGCGAGACAUCACAGGCAUUGGCAGAAGGUUUUGUCUCACGUGGCCGGAUUGCAACUUCGUACGAUGCCGCUGCCUUUACCCUCUUAUGGUACAGUCUUGGGCGGUACGAUGGAACUACAAGGGAAAAACAUAUCGUUGGCAUGCUUCCACGGAAUCAAUUUCAAAAGCAAAUCUUGGGCUUUGUUCAGUUUAAAAGAGCCCUGCAUUAAUUUCAACACCGAAAGCCAAGAAAUUCCCGCUAAUGUAUUGGGAGACGAAAUUCCGAAGCAGGACGUACACGUGGUUCAAACAUUGACGUGCAGCUUGGGUCUCAGUGCUUACAAAACGCAUUUAUCAAUGGCGACUGUUUGUAAAGUUUCCAGGACCGUUAUAUUUCCUCCUCAAUUCAAAACUCUACAGGAAUGGUUCCAUUACGCGUUCGCAAACAGUCAAAUAGACGAGGUGGAUAAUUUCCCGUCGUUAGAAAGGGAAAAAUCGGACGGAUCGAUGGAAAGAGCAAGAGGAUCGACGGCUUCGCCGAAAAUGACCGAUCAUAAUCACACUCGAGAAGUUAUUUUCGCCCUUCCGAGUCUACAGUUUCAUCUGAAAACCGAACAUUUACAAACCGCAGACGUGCCUGACCUUUCAGGCGAGAAGCCGAACGUCGAUUGCAGCUUCAUAACGGAAUUCGAAGAUCACAUUUUCGUCACGGUCGACGCCGAGGCUUUCUUCUUUUUGCACGAUUUAAUCAGCUCGUACCUCAAGGAAAAAGAAAAGCUGAGCGGUUUCGAUAAGAAACUCGUCGCGGAUCAAGAGCGACCGAAAUCCUUGAGCGAGACGCCCAAAAAGGGCUCCAUAGACGUGGAUAUUUUCGCGAAGGAUUGGCGUAAUUACAAUUGCAAAACGUGGCAUUUGGAGCCGACCGUGCGGUUGUUGAGCGUCGCCGGAAAGUACAUAGAACCGUACGGUAUCGAUUACAUUCUUCAAAAGUUGGGUUUCUCGCACGCGCGUACUACCAUUCCGAAAUGGAUGCAAAGAGGAUUUAUGGAUCCCCUUGAUGCGAUUUUGGCCGGUUUAACAUUGAGGAUGGUUCAAGUGGUGAAAGGAGAUGGUAAUAAAGAAAAAGAGGAGAAGCGUUCGAUCGAAAGUAGACCAUGAUAAUUUUUGAACGUGUUUUUCAAAAAGUUACCAGUAAAUUAAAUUUACAAUACAUGUUAGUUUAAAUUUGUGAUAAUCUGGGUUGUGUGUUAAAAGGGGCAAAGGGAAGAAUUCAAUGGUCAUGGUAAUUAGAUACCUAAAAAAUACAUGUGUAGUUUUCGAUAUUAUAUCAUUAAAUAUUGUACGUAUUACUGUUGCCCUUAAUAUUGAUAGGAUAUAUCUAUAUAUUUAUAAUUACAUUUUAUUAUUUUUGUAUUUAUUUUGUUGACUGAUAAGUUUGUUAACAACAAUUCUAGGAUAAAUUAUAUAUUAUUCAAAUUUAUUUUUAACUCUUUUUACGAAUGUUUUCAGAAAACAAUGAACCAAAACCAACAUUUUAAAGAACAUUUUUUUAGAUUUCCCAUGAGUUGAACAGAGAGAAAGAGAGAGAGGGUGUUUAUUUUUACAAACCAUUGUAAAACAUCAUCUCAUGUAAAAUCUUUUGUUUUCUUUAGUUUUAAUAACCAACACAACAUAAAUUAAAAAAAUACACACCUGUUCUAUAUUAAAUAUACAAAUAGAUAAUCUUAACAGUUUAAAGAAUACUUAUUUAAUCCAAUAUAAUUAUAUUAGUGUUUUUUCUUGCCUUUUUUGCGUUUUGAAGUAUCAGAUGUUUCUGCUAUUGUGACUGUUCCGCUUGCAAUAUCUUCUUUUUCAUCAGAUUU